AAUUCAAUGCUCGGCAAGCGUUCGCUGGAUUAACAUUUUUCGCCGAUAGCGCGCGCGCGCGUCCCGGUUUCGAUCAGUGCUAGCCUCUACAACCCUAACAAGCCCUGCAGCGCAAACGGUUACCGCGUUCGUGAUUGUGCGCCGUGUUUGUACGUUCGACAACCGGGGGGUACACCGCCGGUGGUGGUGGUGGUGGUGGUGGUGUGUGAGUGUAUAGUGCCGAAGGUGCCGAACACCACGAACCGACUGCAGCACGCACUGAAGGUCCGCGUCUCGUGGCGGCGUGUGUGUUUAUGUUUUGAAAAUCGGCCCGCGUUCGACGCCAGAUCGUUGCGAAUCCGCCGUGCCGUCGUGGUGUAUGAAUGCUGGUGAAACUUUUUCAUACCUGAGAGCGUCCCAGAUAAGGCUUUUUGUGUGCGUGUGUGCGCGUAUGAAAAGGACGAAAACGUAGCAGGCUUUGGCCGAGGAGUGUGGUUGACAGCCAAAGAGAGAGAGAGAAAGGAGCCCUGCCAAAAACAACACACUCAGCUGUCAGUGACGUUCGAGGGUACGAUCCUGCACAUCCCGCUCGCAGCAGUCUGCCGCUCUACUGCCGAACAACCAUCCUCCGGCGCAAUGACGCAUCCCGCGAGGUGACCUUCCGAAUCUUUCGAAUAAUUUCUUGGACUCGGCCGGAUCGCUUAUCUCGUCGCCCCCCCCCCCCCCCCUCCCUUCGCGGGAAGCAAUUUUUGCGUGUUAGUGCCGGAGUUUUUUGCUGAGCUCCGGUUCGAACAUUCCGACCAGGGAAGCGGGACACACAACACUCCACGCUUUCCGCGUCCCGUCCACCAGACACAAUAGGGUGAGAAAAUCGAUUGAAAUCCCGUAAUCCCCCGUGCGUAAUCCCCCUUGCGGUGCACACAUUGCACUGCCAGCUGGUGGGGCUGGUGCGACCCAUCCACUAAUCGACAGCCCAGCGACACAGCCACGGGGCAAACAAUUGUGUGUAACUUCGGCGCAUCUUCCCGUCCGGCCCCAUCUGCUGCCACCAUUCAACCGACCGAGGGUGCUGGGUUGUCUAUAAUUAGACGAAAAUAAGGGUGCAUCCAACCACCCAGUGCUCCAACUCCACCCAAAGGCGGAACUUCCCCUUCGUGUCCCGCGUGCGAUGCACACUCUGCUCAGGCCAGAAUGGAAUGUGUGCGCGCGCGUUUGAUGUGCUCUAGUAAAUUAGCUGAAUAGAACCUUACAGCUUCCAGUGGACCUUGUGUGUGUGUGUGGCAUGGUUGACCGUGGUCGGUCGAGUUAGCUUUUCACAACAAGUCAAACAACUGCUGGCGGCAGUACAGGAAGGAGAGAGGCUGUCGAACUGCGAGCUCGCGCCCGUUUACACGGACGGUCCCUCCUCUAUUGUUGUGCUUGUGCUCCAAAACGACAAACAAAAGCUCGGCUCCGCUACAAGCCGAGACGAAAUCUCGACCCCCCGUGUACGGAUCAGUGCUUGGACAGUGGUCCACCGAUGCGGUAGUACAUUUGGCGUACCGGUCUGCUGUAGUUCCGCGCUUUGUUGUGACGGUUUUAUAAUACUUUUUUCGGUGAAGUUUGCAGCAAGUGUAUUACGCGGAACCCCGAUUGAUCGAUAGAAAAUACUCGGGAGGUGUAUCUCUUAAGUAACAAGGGUAAAACAAACGUGUUUCGGAAGACAUCUUUUCUGUGAGCCGAUGGCGGUGCGAUGAAAAAUGAUGCGGUACAGUACGGUGUGUUAUCAGCAACCAGUUCGUAGCUGUUGCUAGUCUUGGUGCUAGUCUGCAGCACAGUGGACGGAGCUGGGCCCUCGUGCGAUCGCUACAAAGUGCUAGAAACAAAGCGGCCAACGUGCACAAAGUUCGAGUCGUAAUCUGUUUGGAGGCAAAGCGAUUGAAGACUUGCGCCUGCAUCUUCACUGUCACUGUCACAGGGCGCGUCUUGCGAGGUCUGCCUGAUUGGCGAUCGGUUGUCCGUUGGUGGCUCGUAGCUUUGUAGAUUAUCAGUCAAGCCCGCAGUGUGUGUGUGUGCGAGUGUUUUGGUGUGUUAUCAGGGUCUCGAGGGUCUCUCCAUCUCUCACUCUUGUUCGUGGCGGUGAAGGAAAGGGCCGAUAGUGCGAGGGCUAACUAACAAGUAAUCCACGGAAAGGUUCGCUUAGGAAAAGGCUGACCAGAGCGCUCAAACGCGUUGCCCGGCCGUCCGUGUAACAGUGAAAAUAGGAAGCAGCAGUGUUGUGGCAGUGCAUCGAAGAGGAGUGCUACUUCCACGCCUUCCCUUUGCUCUGUCUCUCUGGGAGCAUUAAGAAAAGAAAGUGCAAAAGAGUGCCGGGAAGGUACAGCAAAUUGCAGCCCAAGAGUGGAUGAAAGUGGAACCCGAACCCGAAGUGUGAGCCUGCAAGGUGCUGCAGCGACAGCAUCCAGCCCCGGAGGAAGUGGUAGUGAUUGCACUGCUGAUCUUAUCUCGACCGUGUGUGUGUAUUUGUUUGUGUGUGUGUGUGUGAGCAUUUUGUUUCAUCAUUGUUUAUGUUGGUUUUACUCUCAUGCUAGUAGUUUUAGCACUUCUUCGUGUGCUACUAAGUGUUUGCGUCAGCCAGGCCUCAAGGAGGGCAUUAGUGGCUGCUUAACGAAUGUUUACAUAGUACACACAACUUUAGCUUAUGUGUGUGUGUUUCCCCUCAUUUAGGGUGAAUAGAUUUCCGGUUCCGUCACUUCAAAAAAGUGUGUUUGUUUUUUUUUGUCCAACAGUGAGAAAAGGCCACGAAUAGCCUACGAGACCGGAAACGGGAUCGGCAAACUUCAGAGCUGGCAGUGAGUGCGUUCGGGCCCUGCAGUUCGGUUCAUGCCGGUUCGAGUACAGGUGUGAGGCAAAAUCUUCCGGAAGAUCCGGCCCGGAUUACGUGAACCACGAGGUGACAUUUUGAAAGGUAUUCUUUUCGCACCGUGUGCGGCUAUGCUAAUAGUGAACAGUGUGGAAAGUUGUUGAACAAAAAGCCAAGCAAAACAAGGUUCGCAAGGCGACGCUAUCAUCCAUCCAGCAGCCGAGCCCCACACUCGGCACAUAAUACGGAAUUAUGUUAAACUGUACCGAUCUCGCCUGCGUCCUGCACCAUCACCAUUUCUACGCCCAUCUGCAUCAUCUGAAGCACCAUCUGCAGGAUGACCACGAUCAUCACCACGGGCAUCACGGGCACGAGAGUCACGACCAUCACCAUGAAGCAGCCGCUGGAGAAGGGAGUGACGUAGACAAUGGCAAUAUACAGGACUUACUCAACGAUACAGAUUCUGAGCUUUCUUCUCUGUCCCAUCUUGAUGCUCCCAACGAUGUGCUGUAUAUGAUAUGUGGAGUCGUCAUCGCCAUGGUCCUCGUGGGCCUCAUCAUAGUUUUAGUUGCAGUUACGAUCAGUAAGCUGAGAAAGCGGGAAGAGUCGUCGACGGUGAGCCCGGUGACGGCGGGCAACGUGGAGGCGCCACCGCACCACCACCACCACCACCAUAACCAUCAUCACCAGCAUCAUCACCCUCACAGUCACCAUCAGCUGCAUCACAACGGAACCAGCCAUCCUCAGCAGCAGCAGAACAACAGUAGCAGUAAUCACCAUCACCAGCAGAACGGCGGCAGCAGUCCGGAAACAGGCUACUCCGUACCGACGCCGAUAGCCUUCCGACAGAGUCCGUCUACUGUGUGGGUCUUUCCACCGUUACCACCGCAGCCCAACAUCUACAACGCCAGUAGUCAGGACGCGUUAGUACAUAACGAGAAGACCGGCUUCAAGGGACUGAAACGUCAGCUGUCCGGUCGUUUCAAGCGCCUGGUAUCGCGGAAAGCGCACGAGCCCGCCCCAGUUAUACCGCCCGAGCUGAAGCCCCAGCUCAAGACGAUCUACGUGUAUUAAUCAUAAUGAUUUCCAACAACUUUAGCAGUUAAGCGUCGUCGUCGUCGUCCAGGGCGGCACAACACAAAUGAUAAAACGGCUAGGCGAUGCGGCAAUGCGGGCGGGCAACAGGGAAAAGGAUGCAAACGCCACACUAUCGGUACGAGACGAGGGUUGUGCAACACACCUCUCUCCCGCGAUAGUGUUGGGAGUUUGUCCCCCCCCCCCCCCCGCCGUCCCUAUCCCCUAUUGCCGCUGCUAGAUGCUAGAUUUCCAUUCCUACUGGGUGUAGAGCAAGUGUGCAUGUGUGUGCUAGGAGGUUUUCUUUUAUAUUACUAGUAAUGUUCCACGGUAUAUUUUUUAACAACCCUUAUCACUCUACCCCCUACCCGUUUGCAAGACUCCUCAACACACAACACACGCCCCAUACAAGCGGUCGAGUAUUCGAGGUGACGCGAGGUCAGGAGUGUUUUAGGAGCUUAAAACUAUUUAAUUUAUUAUCUUUCAUGUGUAAGCAAAAGUCGCGCCUUCUAAAAGAAAAAAAAAACGGAACAAAACUCACCCCAUCCCCCCCGCACGUUCUACUAGUGCACAGCAGCUCUUAUUUUCGACAUUAUCGGGGCGUUUGCUCUUGUUUUGUAUGCCCGUGCAGUGAGUGUGUGGGAAAACGUAAGCGAUUAGUAAACGAAUAUUUCACACUCUGCGAUCCAAAAACAAAAACCCAAAAAAAAAACAGUACACUCAGACACAGCCGCAUGUUUGCGAUGAACCGAACGAUUCUUUUGUUUUAGUACAGACAGAGCCCAUUCCUGGCCGAGGAAUUACAAACUACAAAACCCCUGCUUCCCCACUAACUAUGAAAUCCAAACCAAGGACCCUGCGUAAGGCGAAAUCGAACGAGAGCGGCAAAAGGGUUUGCUUUGCCCUGUCCGUGUGUGUGUGUGCAGUUUACGCGUAACUUGAAUUAUUCGGUGCUAAAGAGAGAGAGAGGGAGACGCUAGUGUUUAUUAAGUAUAAGUUUCAUUCCACACCCUUGUGAUCGACACAGUUUGUCCAAACCAUCGAACUAAAAUAUUUUUAACAAAAAGAAGAAAUAGUACGGGCAGUUGCAAAGUGGCCCUUUUCUACCGGAAACAAGUGAGCGAGUUUUUGAAAAGUAGUGUAGUUUUUGUUUUUUCGUUGUUUUUUCUUAAUUCUCAUCCAUCGUGACUGCACAUAGGACUGGGUUUUGGGCCCUUUUUGCCAUGCAAUGAUGUACGAUUGCUUCCUUCUCAUUUUUGAACGCGGUACCCCUUGGUAAAAUUCCCCCCCCCCCCCAUUCUCUCCCCUUUCAUCUCUUACCGGGGAAGCUUAGGUGCAACAGAAAUUUUGUGAAACAGUCAUUAUUUCAACUAGAAACUGCAAAUUAGACGACAAGACUGACACAGAAAGGCAGCCACAGGAGAAAGAGCGUUGCACAGCAAACACAAUUUUCUUACACUUUCUUUCCAUCUAUCCCCCCCCCCGCCACACAGUCCUUCGGGAUUCGUUUUUAGAACGGAAACACUAAACGCACAUACUGCACACAUGUAUAGGAGCUUUUAGAGAAUGAGAAAAACAAACAAACAAAUCCGGUAGUUAGACAAAAGUUAGAGCACAAAAGAGUAGGAGUGUAGGAGGGAGUGCACGGCGCAACAA